GUUUUAUAAAGUAACCUAAAUGUCAAGGAUUGGCUUGACAGCACACGUAACAACGUAAGCAUUCACUAAAAGAUUCAUAUACACAUUUCAACUAAAAGCCUAUAGUAUCCGUUAUCAAAUCAAUAAUGACAUUUUAAGUGCAUCGGUGUGUUUAAGAGAUAACUAAGCUAGAAAGUAAACAUCACAUUAAAGAGGCAUUGUUACGUAUCAUUAUUCUAAACUACGAUAUGAGUUGUCAGAAAAGAUAGGAGACAAGUGACAGGGGACGUUAUUAAAUAUUGCCUCAAUUUUUCGUCCGGCAUAUAAACGGAAGACCAUCGCCAGGCCUCUUUACGCAACCAGAACGACAGUCAAACCAAAAGGGACGGAGUCAAGUACCCGCAGAACAGAGGUAACAAUAAUAUGAAGUUUAUCGACUCAAUCUGGGACGAAGUGAAUCGUCUGAAAUGGAAAGAGAUUUCACUGAUCUGAAGGAUUAAUAUACAUAUAUUUUCCCUAUCUUUUUACAACUUAUGUAAUCAACUAUUGAGUUGUCGCAGACCAAGUUACUGAAAAGUAUUCGGCGAGGACGAAGCCGCUGCUUUAACUAAGUGCCAAGCGCCAGACAGUUCUACAUGGCAUCUCUUAAGGUCGGUACACACUAGGCGACAAGUUGCGGCAACAUGUUGCAAAGAAUCAAAUCAGACAGAAUUUGUGCGACUUGUUGCCGCGCCAAAAUUAUGUUGUAGAGACUAAGAUUUUCACAAAAUUUCUCCAGUACACACGAAGCGAUUUGUCGCUGCGAUGUGUCGUCCCAACACUUUGCUGCAACUAGUCGCCGGACCUGUACACUCGGAGUGAUCUGUCGCCGCGACUUGUUGCUGCAACUUGUCGCCUAGUGUGAACCGACCUUUUAAAGAAGCUCAUUUAGUCAUCGCCGAUUCCCAUAAAAACUAAACUUUCAACGAUUUACGAUUGUUCAGAACUGCACUAAGAACAUGAUAAACGCCUCUCAAUGUGUUGUUAGCAGUUCAAAGUCUGUUUCUACCAGACUGGACUUUCCAACGAACUAGUAUUUCCUGUUUUUAUUCUUAUCAAAAACGACUCCCAACCGGUCAUAAUAUUAAAGUCAGAUAUACCAUAGGCAUUAUCUAAAUAAGACGAUGAAUUUCUUAAAUAUACAAGGCUAAGGACGACAAAGAAUAAACUGAUCUUUACGUUUUUACUUUAAAGACGCUCUCCAAAAUAUAACUUCAAUUCUCUUAAUAUUUGGAUUGGGCGGAGGAAAGUGAGGGGUCUCACAGACAGCACCUGCUACUAUACUGAGCCCACAAGCUACACAAGGGGCGAAACAGAUCAUUUGAUCGUGCGCGUCGUGUAGUUAAUCUACAGAUGACACACAUCGACCGGGUCGAGAUACAGGUAAUAAAACUGUGACGUUAGCUUAGAGGGCAAAUACAAUAUCACUUUGGCUGUUUAGACAGCACCAGCGUAUGAAAGCAUGACUAUCGGAUUGACUCGAAGCCUAACGAAUUGAACACUUAACAGCAUAUUCUCAUGGUGUCGACUCAAACAAGAGUACCGACAGCUUCUAACAACAAACAUUGAUAGAUAUGGUAAACUGGAAAAACCGGUUUUCUUUUCUCUAUGGAAUGUGAACUUUGAUAUUGUGACAGGAAAUACUCUGACCAAAAAACUAGGAAAACCGUAUUCUUUUCCUGUGGAAUGCAGACUUUGAGCUUGCUUUGACACUAUUCCCACGCACGCACAGUGCUAUUCAGGAAAUUACUCCCAGCCUGGAGUUAUCUUUUCCUGGUAAUGCCCUUGCUUGUCAACCUUGUGAGUGAGAUUAGAAGCAACUUCCAUAUUUCAAAGAAAACUCUUGCCGCCAAGAGAAAAUGAAACACAUGUUUGAAAUACUUUCGAGCGACAAACGUGUAUGAUGUAGGAUGGCUGGGCAGUUCUUAGGUGAGUCAAGAAAUUUUCAAAACACUCUGACAAACUAGCAAGCUCAAAAGAUCGCCACUGAUCAUAGUUUAAACAAAACGCCCUACGAAUUCUCUCGUUUCGUACUCCAAAAAAAAAUAACGGCUAGUUCCGCAAUUAUUUACGAGCCUUGUUACUAAUUUGACUCUAAUGGUGAAAGAAGGCGGCCAAGAUAAAUUAGCAAAGGAAGAAUAGGCGCCAGCAACCGCCCCCGCUCAACAAAACGUUUAAAUAACGACUUAUAAAUUAACUAAUUUCCUAAAACUGCAAAACAUAAACGCAUACUAUAUCGUUGCAUUUAGCAUCGCAUUCGUAAACAGUACAAAAUGGAGUUGAAUGGUAUUUAUAACAGUGUAUUCACAACUGGAAGCGUAUUAAAAUAUCAUUUGAACAAAACAGCUGCUAUCUGUGAAGCUCAUUAAUAUGCUAAACGAAUGUUAUAACACGUACACUUCGCGCCGAAAGGUUGGCUUUGGCCGCUUCUAUCCAACAGCGUCUCUAAGUUUCAUGUCAGCUCAUUCUUGUACAACCAGCGGUUGUCGUUCCUCACAUUCUGUACGUUGCAGCAAGCACAUUUUGUCGACGGAACAAGCUGAAAAUACGUUCACAAAAGAGUUGAAGCAAACAUAAAUCGACGAACAAUCGAAUAUCAUUCUUACCGUUUCGUCUCGGAUUUCAAACCAAGGAAACAAACCUUUGGCCGGGCUUAGAAAGCACAAAUUUUGGCCCAAACCGGUCAAUUUCUCUCAAACUUUUCAUCACGUAACUUUUUCACGGCUGUUGUGGAAAGAAUUGAGGUCAAAAAGCAAAAAUUUCACACAACCAUUUACUGUUUACGCGAUCGGCAAACCAUUUUGAAAGGGAAUAUUUCCCACAAAGGUGGGUGCGGCACGAAAAGUUAAUAUUGCGUCAUCCUCGAGAAAAGCCAAUGGGAGCUCAAAAAGACAAUGCAGCUGUCAAUUUUGAAAGUAUCAACCAAUUAAAGCCCGACAACUCCAAAAUUUGGCGCGCUUCCGAGUCACGUUGGACAGAUUUUGACACCGCUAUGAUCCCGACAUACACGCAUUUUUGCAGCGCUGGCUCCUUCGUCGAAGUGCGGAAAUCUGUGUUGGAGCUUGACGUUGUCAGUGUAUUGUGACUUCCCACUUUCAGUGCCAACGAGUUUGUUUUGAAUCCCAGAUAGGUGCUUACUUAGUGGAUGGGACCUAUUGUGCGAGGUACGUACGAAUCGAGGAGGCGGUUAGUCAAGUCUUGCUGACGAAAGCACCUUCAGGCCAAACAACCGGGGCAACGAAAUGACAAGCACUAGUACUACGGCGAGUUACUCUUCGCUUCGUAGAGCGCAGCUGACUUACGAAUACUUGCACACAAACAGGUAGUUAUGAGAAACCUUUUUUUUGUUCGUUUACUCGCUGAUAAACUUUUCAUUGUUCUCUGGUAUAUAAAACCUUGUUAUAUAAGGGUAUUUAUAUCGUUUGCAAGCACAUGUUCCGAUCAUUUACGCGCGCUGAGAGGGUGGCUAAUUAAAACUUUGAUCGCACAAACAAUGACAGAACUCUGACGCAAAUAGCAGUUUUAUCGUGGACUUACUUUCAGUUUCUAAGUCACAGCGUGGACUUUCUAAAUUUAUUAGUGUUAAGGUCUAGCAAUCGCAACACACUGUGACUUUCAUUUAAUCACACUUGAAUACUCGUGGUGCGCACAACCGCGACUUCAUUUACCCUCGGGGCUUGAGUGACUCGAGUGUAAUAUUAUGUUAGAGCAUUAAAAACGCGAAUUAUUGAGAAGUGUUUGUUUCUCUCUACCAGCACAACACACGAGUUUCUGUUUGGAGCCUUGGCGGAGUUAGUGGAUAACGCAAGGUAUUUGUGAGCUUCAAUUACAAGAGCGUGAACAAUACCUCCUUCUGUACACUUCGAAAUGGGGCAACCUUCGUCCCGCUAGCGAUGAAAAACACACAGCGUUUUACUCCAAACAAUCAGGGAGUGAAGACAGUUCCAGGUCUCUUUGUGAAAGCGCUUAGUAGUAGCUUUGUUUUUCAAUACUAGGUAGUGGAUUGUAACAUGAUCUUAAUGAGUGUGACUCCUAAUAACAUCACCUGCUUUCACACAAUAGAGGAUAUUGGCUUCACAAUUAUGUGCAUAUUUCCGAAGUUAUGUAUUUUAGCUGUGUGUAGGGUAUCUAAUUUUCAGUAGAUCGUGUCUGGUUCUUGAAAUAGAUUUAUCUAAGUCAUAGAACAAAAAAGCAGGGAAUAAUAAAAGCACAACCUCAUUGACAGAAGCCCGUUGUAUUAAUUGUUUUUAUUAAUUUCUAUUGUCAGAGAUGCAUCAUCAACAAAGAUCGACAUCUAUACAGGUUUGUCAACAAGUUAAACAGGUUUUAACAUUCCGUGAGGUCUUGUAAGACGAUAGGUUAAAGGUGUUUAUGACUAUGAAGAUGGACCGUCCUGCCAAGGUCAUUGGAUAUCCGAUGGUGACACAAAUGAGUCUUUCUUUACAGAGGGUCUUAACGGGGUUAAUCGUCAGCCGUCGAAAAGGGUGAUUUUUAUCGUCAACAGUCAAAAAUGCAGAUUAGUAUUAACCGCAAAAGAGAUUUCAAAGUAUCUCAAAUCUCACUAUUUCAGCUGAUCUUCACGGACUUCUAGCUCCAAAAGAAUCUCUAAUCUGGAAAACCCAGUUCCCAUGUUCUCAAAAACACUCUCUAGACAUUUGAAGACCCUAAAAUUUGCUUAUAUCUGAAAGUAUUUGGAAAUUUUUGGAAGUGAAAGGCCAAGACAACCUCCAAAGCACAAAAGUUAAUAUUAAUUUAUACAGAAGUUAAUACUUACUAUAAUCUUGGACUUAAUUUCCACUUUAUAACCGUCAGUCGUCAAAAGCUCUAAAAUUAACCGUCAAUGGACAAAUUGGAAAAAAAAUUAAUCCUCAACCGUCAAAGCUACCACCCCACUGAGACCCUCUUUACAGUGGGAAAUUGUAGAAUGGUCUGAGUAGGCAAAAAAUGAAAUUAUUCCCUGAGAUCUUUAAAUGCAAAUAGCUUAUUCAUUUCUUAGUAACAUUACAAUUCAUUAGUAAUACACGUUUUAGGAUGGAAGAUAUGUUAGGUAGAGCAAUGACCUAAGUAUGCAUUUCAGUGCUGUCAGUUUUAUAAACAGUGUGCAGAGAAUUGGACUGUGUCUCAGUUGAUAGUAUAGUAGUUGUUUUCUGAUACCUGGAUAUGAUUUUCCUGCUUUAUUGUUUACUCUCACCAUGGCAAUUCAAAUCUUUACUCACUUUACUAUUAGAUUGCUAGACUAUUGUGGGAGAAAUAUUUUGUUGUCAUGUGUAUUGACAAAGUCAUAUCAAUUAUAACUUCUAAACUAUCCUUAACUUAACCAUCCCUAAAUUGUUGUUAGUGCAAGUUAUUGAACAUGCGUAAUGUUGUAAGGUAACUGUUUUAGCAGCAUGGUUUGGUCUAAUAAUUGGCAAUUAUCUGAGUUAUUACCCCACUGAGGUAUUUGGGUACCAUUGGGUACUACUUGUGCCAAAAUUGAUUACACUUAAAAUGACAUCAUGAGACAGAAAUUCAUUCUCCACUUGAGAGUUGAGUUACCCUACCGGAGUUUUUCUUGAGCAGUUUUAUUCUCGAGUAUUUCUUCCCAUAUACUAACCAAGUGGCAAAUGGCAAGAUUGUAUUGCUUCAAACAUCACCCAUUAUUAGGCUCUUGCAUGGACUUUGUAGCUGCACCUGUACCUUUCUGUGUUAUUCAUCAAGGAAAGAAGACUUGUUGGGGCACGUAUUAGCCAGAGCUAGUCGUGGGAAGACUCCUGAUGUUGUUGUUUACACUUACCAUUGUCACUGAUUCAAGUCAUCACGUACUAGGGGCAUGGGUUCUUCCAACGUGCAGCCUGUCUGAGGACCUUAAAUCGCUUUAAUAACUGUGCGUGUAUACACUGCUACACCUUAUUUUCUUUCUCUUGAGUUCAAGCAAAGACAGGGCUGAUUGGCUGGGCAGAUUGCAUACUAAUAACUAAUUGACUUGUUUCCCAUCAUUCUUGAUAAAAUUUUAAUACAUUCGUUUGCUUUAUAAGAUGUCAUGUAAUAUUAAGGUUGGCCCACAGGUUUUAGUCAGAUGAAUUAAUACAGCGACAACCUCUACACAUGACAGCUAUUUGGUCGACUGGUAUUGUAAGGGAAACUUCACUUUCAUGUAUCAUCUUCCGUUUGUACAGUUAUCCUCUCUGUUGGUUCUAUGGUCUUAUCGCUCAAAAGUUAAGAUGACUUUAUAAGGACGUAUGGGCCCUUUUUUCAUUUAGUAGGUCAUCUUUUAAGAUGACAUUAAUCAUCUAGGUUUAAUCCAUGAUUUCAGAAAGAGACACAAGGCGUUUGGAUUUCACCCCAAACAAGGUUUGAUGGCAAAUUUUGAUUGGAAGGUUGUAAGUUCAAAUAUCUUAGACUGCUAGAAUAGAUUUAAAAGGUUAAAACCACAAACUACCAGGGUAACGAAAAAAUGACACAUACACAGCAAAGAUAUUCUCGUUUGAAAAUUGUGAAGUGUAAAUAUUUUACUAUCCACCCCCUCAGUUUUUUUUAUCAGGGUUAAUUUGCCACACAAUCAGGGAAGCCUUACCAGACUGCUUGUCGCGAAGUUUCAUUGCUUGUCUCAUAUGACAUAUUAUAUGUGCAAGAUUUGUGAGACAGGGCCAACGGUUUAUUGCCUUUACCCUAGAAGACCCGAAAAUCUAGCCGUUUGUAGAUGUCAUUACGAAGCCAGCCCUUUCUCCUCAGUUAGUCAAAGACCUUAAAGUGUUGGUCCGGUCGAAGUUCUUCCUCGGCAAAUCAGCGCUUAUCCGAUUGAGCUAAUCGGGCGGUGGUAAGCACUAUCAGCGCAAGAGAUUCAAGAAAAGCAACCUAGUUCGUUGACGGUAGACGCAAAGCCAGUGCUGGGGCCAGACCUUUAAAAUCCUUCUUCUCCCUCUUCUUCUCGAGGACGAGAGAUAUCCAACUGCGAUGCGUCAUACCCAGAGCAACCGUGUACUGUAUUUUGAUAUGCAUGACCCGGGCUAACAAGUCAUGGCAGAAAAUGGCUUUUAUUACUCUGGCGAAAUGCGGCCAAUUGACCAACAUAACGCCAUUUGUCAGAUAUGAAAUUUAAUUUUAGUACAGGAUAAUAAGCGCAACAAGCAACCACUCCUUAUGGUCAUCAAACUCUCUGUGGUGGAACAGAAACUACCCCUUGGGACGAGAUGCGUGUUGUCUGUCAUUAUGUCCCUACUAUUAGCUCAUUGCACAUUUCCUUCGAAAACAAAGAAGUCAUUGCUCAUAUCUAGCAGAGUGGAAAAUUUACAUCGCCUUUUUGACUAUAGAGGAUAUCUGUUGGACAGUAUGCAGGUGUGUACGUUAGAAGGAGUAACAGCAAAAUCACGGAUUGAAUGGCUAUGGACAUCAACGAUCGGCAACUGUCUUACAAAAUUGUCGGUUUAGAAGGUUGUUUGUAGACGAUUUCACUUCAUCGACGCAAAGUUGGUUCUUUCUCCCUCAUGACCUACUCAGUCGGUGUAACUAUGUUUCCAAGGUCUCACCGCACCUUUCAUACAAGAAGGAGUUGGCUAGUGCGGUUGGCCUGGCUGGGAAAUAUGCUAUGACACUUAGCCAUACAUGAGCAUACGCUUUUGAAUGGACCUCUGGGUGCUCUAUGGCGAAGCGAGAGUAACGAUGACGAGACAACCAACUUAACGGCUAGAAUGUUUAUUAAGGGAUGACUUACGUUCUCCUCGAUGUAAGGCUUUUAACUGCCUCUUUGUUCAGUCCGUCUGCUCUUUCUUUGAUGCAAACUAGUUCUCUUCUCCACUACUUUUCUUUAUCUUUAUAUUUGCUACCUUAUGAUAUAUGGUUCUUUUCUUUUAUGGUAUUUGGAAUUAACUGCUUUCUUAUUAUCUCGGAAGCUAAAAAUAUUGUGCGAAGCUUUCUCAGUGGUUCUGGUGCAGGUUAAUAACUGAUUUCAAUUACCAAAGUAAAGUUAGGGAAAACUGAGAAGCACAUUUUUUACGCAGUCACUUUUUAAGUUGCCUAUUCCUUUGAAACUAAACUUUAGGAUUGGAAACCUUGUUAAUUGUAAACAUAGGACAACUUCCUAUUCAGAAACACAGAAGUUAGCUAAAAAUAUAAGAAAAAGGUAUCCUACUCUUAAUUAAUGUAAAAACGGAAAGCUUAAAUCAAUGUAAAAUGGACAGUGAACCCAAGUUUCCCAAGGUUAAUUGGUGAUAGGUAAAAGUGGCCAUUUAAAUAAGUAUUUUCGAGAAACGUUAAGUUUAGAGACGAGAUGUCCCACUCUCAAAAUUCCAGUUUAUUUACGGAGACACGAAAGGAGAAAUUCUUACCUCUCUCGUGAUCAUAAACCACAGAAUUCGUGACAAACAUUACGAUAGUAUAGUUGGUAUGGAAACCUGUGUUGUCCCUUCUAAAAAGAGGUACACUUUUGAGAUUCUGUGGGUGAUGCAAGAAAAGACCACCUUUAUUAUUUACCUUUCUAAAUGUAAAUACUCAUUAGUAACUUGAUUAUAGAUACAUUGUUUUUUUUCCGUCUUAGCAGUUAAACUUAGAAAAAAAUCCACAACUCUAAAAGCUUUCUAGAAAUAACGAGUACUGGUUUAUGUCAUUUUAUAUUUCAAAUUGAUUAGAUUAGAAUUGUCGACAAUCGACAACUAUCAAUCUUGAUAAUUCACUUUUUAUAUUUUAAAUGUUUUGUGCAGUGGGUUUCAUGUUUACUCGUCCCAUUAUGGAUACAUUAAGCUGAAUCACAUUAAAGGACGAUUUUUUGUUAUAGAUCAUCAAAAAGAUUUAUGGCACUUUUAUCAAAUUGUCAUAUAUUUUUAAAAUUGGGGAGGUCAGUCCCGUGACAAGCUGCAGUUCUUCUUCUUCUUUUUAAACAAAGUGAUAAACGCCAUAAUGAGGGAAAACCGGACCGCAACUCUUAAAGCAGGGACGGAUCUAGGGGGAGGGUGCAGGGGGUGCGCACCCCCCCCCCCGGGAUGACCUGCGGCUUUCUGAUUAACACUGUGCAGUCGCUUCACAGUCAUACAAAAUCUGCUGUAUCGUUAAAUAUGUAUUCUCAGCUACAUUAUGUUAUUUCCUAGUCAAAAGCCCUCUUUUUCGUAUUCACUUUUAAAAUUUUUUACGUCAUCAGUCAGUUAGUGGUGCACCCCCUCCUAAGAAAAAUCCUGUAUCCGCCUCUGUAAAGAUAUCUUCGUACUUCUUCUUUUUAUUUUGGUUAACGCCAUAUUGUAGAGAACCCUGUUCCCCGAAGGAUUUUAGAUGUAAUCUAGGGUUGAGGCAAGUUCAAAACUAAGAGUUUUUUAAAAAGCCUUUAACCUAGGGCUUAACUGAAGCUUAUAAAAUAUUGUUCAGCCUUUACUCUGAGAACCAGUCAUGAAAACACAAAACGAUUCUCGAAAACAAUCUGUAGGAGGGGUAAAUACAAUCUAAAAUUAACAUUGUAACCAUGGAUUAGCGCAAACCCGUCUGAAAAUCUGGUGACCUUUCGAUACAAGAAAUUUCGUUGAUAACGCCAUCACACGACUGACUUUGCACCUUCCUCAUAUAAUCCAAUGUGAAUAUCACACUCAGACAGAAAAAGGAGUAUACGCUGCAGCCAUCUAUGUUAGAGAGAUUAAGCAUCGCGUUUACGGCAAACGUGAAUUUGUACUUGUUUUCCAUUUACUUUUCGUUUACAAUUCACUUUAACUACACGAAAACAGGUAGAGUUACGCCAGUUCCAUCCAUAACAACUGUUUGAAGCCGUUUUUAUCUGCUCGUUUCUCAUUUUGCAAUUUUUCAACUUGAAUCUGUUGCUUUAAACGCGAUGCUUAAUCUCUCAACUAAGGUCAGUUGAGAGGUAUCAAACAUGAACAUCCGCUGCGACUCAGGUUCACUUAACCAUCGAGGCCACGUAUAAUUUGAAGACACUGAUAAUUUUCACUGGAUCGCGGGCUCAAGGUUCACUUUCUUGUCAAGGGUAUCACGUUUGAUUGUUUUAUGUCUUAGUGAAAGACAAUUUUCAUCUCUGCUUUUCAAUGUACCGUAAUAAAAUGGAAAAAAAAUUCACGGUUUUUCGCAAUCUGUGGUAAAUCUGUCUCCAUCCUCUCCAGACAAAAAUCAACAGUUUCCGUUUGUUCUAAUCUACCAAUAAAAUUACCUUAAUUUAUAUUGAGUUCUCCCACUAAGGACGAUGUAAUGGUGUGUUGAAAAAUUGAUAUAUCUAUGACUUCACUCUCCGAUCCAUGAGACUCUCCGUAGCUCAGUGGAUAGAUCUCCCCUUUCCCCGUGAUCGGGAGGUCAUAGGAGGGACUCGAAGAUUUUUUCUUUUGCCCACGCUCGUGACCUGCUGUUUUUCACAUCUUUCACAUAAUGGCACAGUUUUUUUUCUUGAGAGACAAUCUUUAGUUGUACUCGCUCAUAAAGUUAGUGCAAAAAGCUAACUUUGCGCUGUUUGACUUCUGAUGAUUUCACAGAACCUUGCGAGACUUGCAGAGGGAAGUUCAUUUUAUGUUUUCUUGAUGACGGCGAUGGCAUGGAUCCAUGUAAGUGUUAAGUUCACAAAGGUGGCUUUUCGACGGGCUAUGAAACUUAAAUAGGCUAAUUCAAGUUAAAUUGGAGAAGGAAGGCUUGAGAGGUUCAUAUCAGAGUUUUGGGCAUAAGUAAAAUGGCGCUUAAUCAAAUAAACGUCAUUGUAUUUAAUUCGAAGUAAUGUUUUUAGUGAGGACACUACUUAACAUUUCCUGAAGUCAGAAUCGACACAUGAUACGCUGCAAAAGAAGUACCCUGCGGAUUAAUAAAUUGCAGUAACCUCGAACCUCCUGCGGAAAAGGAAAAUAGUUCCAAAAAUGACGGGGAAGAUGACAGUGUGUGCCAGGGAAAGGAAGGUCAGCGUUGUUCGAAUUAUCGGGAGGAUCGAGAAACCAAGGGUUCGAGAUUCAGAUGUGCUUUUCUUGGCGUCGUCGAGUACGUUGAAAGGAUGGUGACGCUGUGGUGGAUUCCCAGCCAGGGUUUUUACUUUCACGUUUUUAAAAUUUUAAAGGCGAGGUGUUUUGCUUCACUUUGCAGCGGAAGUUGGAAAUGUGGUCCAGUUUGGGCGAUCGGUUAAACGCAACGUGGAUUCAAGAAUGAUUGGACAGUAUGGCAACGGUCUUAAAUCGUAAGUGUUGAAUGUAACCCUAUGCUUGGUUCCAAAUCUGUUUUGUAUGUCUUAUAUGAAAAGCGACCUUUUGUUAGUGAUUCUCUCCCUCCUCUACUCGUACAUCGAAGUUAAUCAGUAGGAACGCAGUGAUAAGCUUGCCUACGAGCAAGCUUUCCAUUUCUGUACGUGCCGCUCACACGUGACUCCUUGCAACUCACCCAAAGCUUCCCAGGGUUUUUCAUACAUUAAGUGCAAAAUCUUCCAUUGUUCAGCCGCUUAUUUACACUUGGUCUGCAAAAUACAGUAACUUAAUUUUUAAUUCCUUGCCUUAUAGUGGCACCAUGCGGAUAGGAAAAGACAUGAUCUUGUUUACAAAAAAGUAAGUACCAUUUCAUUUUCGCCUGGACUCCAUUGCAGUGUUGUUGUUUGAAAAGUAAGUAGUGACCUUUUUCUUUCCUUACAGGGGAAACACCAUGAGCUGUCUGUUUCUUUCAAGAACUUUCCAUGAACGCGAGAAAAUUGAAGAAGUAAGCGUUGAAAAUGGUUCUGUGUCAGCUUUCGGAACAAUGGAUUAUGUAGCUAUUAGUUAAAAACAAUAGAUAACGUGCUCUUGUUAUUUGCUUGACUCAAGGUUGUAGUACCCAUGCCGUCCUGGGAAGUCUCUUCCAAGAAACCGCUGGCGAAAUCCAAGCGUGAAUUGGAAAAAGUGAGCAGCUUUACUCUUGACACACACCUAGCCAUGUUAGUUUGGUACAGUGAACGCUUCUCUUUUGGUUUAACACACUUAUUCUUUGUUUCUUUAACUAGCAUCAAGUCGAAACCAAUCUCAUCUUGAAGUAUUCGCCAUUCAAGACGGAAACGCAGAUGUUUGAACAGUUUAAUAAAAUCGGAUCAAAAGGUGAGUGGAAAAUGCAAGUUAGCCAGACAUGUUCCAAUGAAGGCUGGUUUUCGCUAGCGACGGAGUCGGAGUCGUAAGAGGUGUCGCAAGAGCGCUUUUGACGGUUUGAAAAUCAAAAAUUGGAGUCGUAACCAGAGUCAUAAGUACGACAGAGUCGGAGUUGAAAGGAUCAGUACGUUUCCAUUUUCUUCCGACUCCGCUUACGACUCCGCCGCUUACGAUCUAGUGAAAACCAGAUUAUCGGCGUCGGAAGCGGAAGGAUAAACCAAUCACAAUGCACGUUCCCACGCAUUGUGAUUGGUUUAGGAUUUCCGGCUCUUCUUGCGACUUCGACAACUUAGUUUUCACUUGAUCGUAACGAACGGAGUCGGAAGCGGAAUCAGAACGCUGUUUUCGCUAGAUCGUUAAGUCCUACGCUUCUGAUUACGACUCCGACUUUGUCGCUAUUGAAAACCAGCCAUUAAUCUUUGUCAUUCUUUGCGAUGUCCCACUCAAUAUCAGAAUCUUCGUCAUUACAGGAACACUUGUUGUUGUGUACAAUCUGAAGCUCAUGGAUAACGGCGAGCCAGAACUUGACGUGAGUAUUGGCUUCAUGAGCUGACUGUCAGUGUUGCUUUACUGUGCGCGUAUUUUAGUCAGACUGUUUUACACAGUAUGGAAUUCUUUUUGCUUUUGUUUUGGAUAAUAAAUGGUGAUAAGAAUUCAUGGAUACAUAUUAAGAAUUUCUUCCGAAGUUGACGAACACAUCCACGUCUUGCUGUGUCACAUUCGUCCACAAGUUCUUCUUGUUUUCAGACCAAACUAGAAACUGUUGCUAUAACGCGCCCUCCUUCUUUAAUUUACGGCCACAAUAAUAACGGCCAAUUAAUUCUGUUUGUGAUAUGUUCUUUCGUCCUGUUAUAUACUAGUUCAAGUACACGCCAUAAACUCAUAGCUUCGAUAUCAUUUCAUACACAGAUAGUGAGUGAUCCUUAUGACAUCAAGAUGGCGGACCCUUACGCUGGAGAGAAUGUUGCGGAUUAUGACAUGUAAGUCUUAUCCACGUUCUGCUGUUUCCCUAUUCAUUGAUGUUAAUCGCUACAGUAAGCGCGGCGCCAAAGCAAAAUCAGUCAGCCAGACUGUGAUUUUAUGAUAUCAACGAUACGUACCCCCACCUCUCUAAAAUGUUCUGGCAUUUUCAUUUGUCGAAGCGUAGCAGUCGACGUCCAUACUUCAUACUAAGGGAACUGAUUACGUUGUUUUAUAGGAUUAUGCCUGAACGGAGUUCUUUUAGGGCUUAUACUGCCAUUUUGUACUUGGAUCCACGGAUGAAAAUUUACAUCCAGGUUGGUGGAGGCAAUUACAGGUGUCCCUUUGCUUAGCCUUAAUGAUGCUUUGUGUGAUAUGUGUCCCUGUUUUAUUUUAGAAAAAGAAGGUGCAGACGAAGAAACUGACAGCUUGCCUUCACAAGACCAAGUAAGUGAUCUUUCAACACUCUUCUUUCGGAUAUUCGCAGAGCAUUAGCUUAAAUGAUAAACCACUGUUACCACAGAUAGUAAUCGAGACUAAAAAUGACUUAGAGAUGUUUGGUUGAAUAGAACACUCCCUCCAUUGUUUGAUAUAGCUUUUCAGUGAACAAUAAUUCGUUAACAAAUUCAAAGCAUAAGUAAAAGUUUCCCAUUUCAGGAGAGAUUUUUAUGGCGUUCGUUCUCAUGAAUUAUUUAUGAUAAAAACAAUUUUAACGUUUCAGAGAUGAGAAUCUAGAAUAGCUAUCAUUUAAGAAAUCAAGCUUUAAGAUUCUCUCUAAGGGCGAAAUUUAGGAAACUUGGACUCUUCAACAACAAGCUUUUGCCCAGAAACGUAAAUGAUCACUUAUUCACAAGCAAACUUUAAUGGUAUUAAUGGAAAGAUGAAUCUUAAAAGGUUCAACUUACGGUUAAUUAUGCUUAUGUUUGCAGAUGUUAUCAUUUUACAUCUAAACGAUUCAAGACAAGAUCAGAAAAGGAGGCCGAGAAGGCAGACCGAGAGGCAAAAAUAGGUAAGUCAUACUUAACAAGUAUUUGUUAAAUUUAAAGUCACCGGUGCCGUUAAAGUUUGUUCAACAUUAUUCAAAACGAACGAUCGAGUUUUUUGUAGGGCGCGUCGGUAGUUUUCGAUGCUUGUGAGUGAUAACGGAGAGAUUAAGCAUCACUUUUAGGUUAAACGGCAAACGCGAAUUUGUACCACGUGAGCAGGUUUCCCCUUUGCUUGUCGCCUACUGUUUAUUAUUUCUGCACAUAAAUUUGUAGUUUCAGGCAUUUUUUUUUUAUCCAUAACAAUCUUCUGAGCUGUUUUUAUUUGCUCAUUUCCUAUUUUGAGAAAUUCUCAAUUUCAAUCUGACGUUUGCCGUAUACGUGAAGCUUAAACCCUCUAAUGUGUUUAGACUUAAAAAAGUACAAAAGAAAGUCUAGAGUCAAACAAGGCUGAAAUGAAAGCUUUGUCUCCUUGCCGGUUCCCAUCGAAACCCUUCUCCCACCCUCUUCGUCACACUUACCACUGAAUUACUGUAUCCUAUUGGUUUUGAUUCUUAUUCAAUUGCAGCCGAAGAGAAAGCAAGAGAGCUAGAAAUACAGGCCAGGUACAAGAAUGAUCUUUCCUGAAAUAUUUUGUCACUUGACUUGUGUUGCUUAUGAAGACAACUGCCCAACCGCGUUCGCCUAAUAUACCAAGUUAAGUUUUUCAAAAAUCUUCUUUUGGCAGGGAAAUUCAAGAACAGGCAGAGCAGACGUCAAAAGAUAAAAGGGUAUAUUAUAUUUUUUUCUUGUUGAACGGCACUUCUGCACGUCGCCAGUUCAAAGUUUACAGAAAGUUGGUUGUGCAAACCUUGGGCAAGUUGACGUUGUACUCAAGUGGUUGUUCUAAUAGCAUUGCGCUAUCCAAUAUAUUAAAACUGCCGAUGUGUUAGCGUUACGCCAAAUAUCGCUGAGUGUCCUUACACUAAGCUAUUGCCUGUACGUACAUUUGCAAUUGUGUCAUUCCUUCAAUUAACCCGCUUUAUUAACUGUAGACUUUCUAAAAGUCCCUAUUUUUCCUGGUUGGUUAUGCCAACUUCGUCGCUCGCUCGGUCGCUGCGCGACCUCAUGCAUUGAAGCUCGCUUCGCUCAUUUUUAAGAACCUAUGAGAGGCCGACUUGUAUCAAGUCUAUAUUAACUGUAAUCUCCUUUAGACUCCCUUCAUGUGGUAUUUUGUUGUCGCCUCUUCCUUUUAACUGAAGUCUCUUUUUGGCUAGGUGGAGCUGAGGAAGGCACAAGCUCUUGCGUCAGAAGCCCGAGCAGAUGCUAACUUGAAAACCAAGAUUGCUGAUGCUAAGAAGAAGUAUGUACUACGCGCAAUUUUCCUGGCAAGUUUGAUGCGAUUGUUUCCCUUGUUAACUGACCGUAUGCGAAUGAUUUUUCGUUUAGGUCAAUGAAAGAACCCAAAACUCUCAGCUUCACGUUUGGAAUGAAUAUUGACAACCGUAGGUGCUAUGGAAUGUUUAUCUACAACUGCAGUCGGUAAGUUAUCGUGAAUAUUCGUUUGUUUUGCCUAAAUUGGUUAUUUUCAACGCCUUGCAUGUACCUAUCAAAAAUUCUCAAGAGCUACGUCUUUUUCCGUGCAGUAUGCUCUGGCAUCCACGGUCACGAAUUAGUUUACCGAUAAUUCCACCUACAUUUACGGAUGUCUUAACCCUUACGUUACAACUUGCGGUCAAGCAUAUGCUGUUCUAAGAUGAUGACGAUGUUUAACUUGUUUUGACAGGCUUAUACGGAUGUACGAAAGAGUGGGACCUCAGCUUGAGGGCGGAGUGUAAGUCAUCAAGACCAAUUUUGUUUGCUAGGGAGAUUUCGCUGUAGGCUCUGAUGACCCCUUCAGUAUGUUUGGUCGCCUAACCGAGGUUUUGGGAAUUAAAGGGCAAGUGCGGGUAAUGCAGAGUCACCGAUUAUCGUUUUCACUGAAUUCUGAAAACAAAUGCUUUAAAUUCAGAAGACAGUCGUGCAAUUUUCGACCAUCGAAGGUGUGUGUAAACUGACGAUACUGCAGUACAAUUGUAUCAUGGUGAAUGACUCUAUAAAAGACUUUAGUCAGUGGAUGUCAGGUCGAUAAUUCAGAAAUCAUAACGAGUUGAUACCAAUGUUGAGUGGGAAUGAAGACACUGAUAUCCAGUUUCCUUCUGUACGUAUUAUGUUUAUAAGAAAGUAAAUAAGUGAUAAGGAAGAAAGUUCGACAUAUCGGCGUGACCAACGAGGCAACUGAACAACUCUGUCAUAUAACUCACGAAAUUCGAGGCAUAUCUGCGGAUAAAGCCCAAUCGAAAUGUGUGUAGGGUUAAUUUUUUAGUUUAAAUUAGGACUGUUACUUUUCACUAAUCUUUGUACGUAAACUUACUUUUUGCAGGAAAUGUUACGGAGUCAUUGGUGAGUUGGUUUAGUGCUGCGCUCUUAUGUGCCCAAAGUGAAAUUUCUCAAUAUUUCUAUAUAAUUUCCUAAUGCGUAUUAUUUUCUCUUCGUUUUAUUUCCACUAGGCGUGGUAGAUGUGCCGUACCUUGUACUGGAACCCACUCACAACAAGCAGGAUUUUGCAGAUGGAAAGGUAUCACUAUAAACAUUAAGCCAGGAACACGUAUUUCCUUUCUUUCCUCGAAAGCCGGCGUUGGUCCAUACAUGGUCAUUUUGUCAAGACAGUUGAACUUUCACCAAGCGGCCACCCUCUGUUAGGCAGCAAGAAAUCAAAACGAAAAUAAUUGUAGAAAAAAAUUGUAAGUUACACCUCCAUUAAGCGACCACCUCUAUCAAGCGGCCGCCCCAACUUUUGGCCAUCCCGACGAUUCUUUUUCUAUUGUUGUCACAUCUUUUUAGCGGCCAACAAACAUCUGAUACACUCCGGUUGGCCUUGUUUUGAAAUUUUGAAGAAGAAAAAUACAGUCAAGGGAUAGGCGACGACUGCCUAUGGACCUGUAACGUUUCUAUUUAGUUAGAUCAUGAUAUAUUGUAGUCUUGUUCGUGCAAAGUUGGGAGAACUUCACCUCAACAUUGUCAGAAGAAUUUGCCUGUAUGUUAUAAUACUCUAGUUUUGUAGAAGUUGAAGAAGCCUCUGCGGGUUUUUGUUUCUAAAUAAAGCGAGAUUUGUGCUAAAGGAUCGCACCUCCAUUCAGCGGCCAACUUUAUGUAGCAUCAACACCAGAUCAGCUAUCAUUUAGCUGGUCGUUUUAUUCUUUCUGCAGGAAUUUAAGCAUUUAACAAGAGCGUUAGGAGAACACCUUGAACAGUUUUGGAAAGACUCGCAAAUUGAAUGUAAGUAACCUUUUCUUGUUGACAAAAAGACUGAAAGAAACGACUAGGAUUGCUUAGUAUUCAAAUACCGCUAAUUCAAGUCUACAACAUAAGAAUAUUACAAAAAAUUAAAGACGAGAUUCCAGAGAUUCAAAGCAGUGAAUACUUUAAUUAUUUUUAUCAUAAAUUAGAUGCUAGAGGUAAAGGUAGAAUAGGUAGUUGUUAAAUAGCUAGGCAAAUUUGGAUGUUUCCUUAAAUGCUCAAUUUAGCCAAUGCUUUAAAAACAUGUUUCUCUUGUUGUGAUGAUUGUAACAUGAAAAUUUAUUCUUUUGUUUCAACAGCUCAUGGAGUAACAAAGUUUUGGUGAGUUUAGUGUGGCAUGGAAUAUUGUCGAUAAUAAAAAAAUUGCGUUAAUCAGUGCUGUCCUUCAACGCACUCUAUUUCAGGGAGAAUUUCGGUUAUAUAAGUAGCAGAUGGACAGACGGCCCGUCCAUGGACCAGAAGUAUGUGAGGAAGAGAGCGAUGCAGAUACCUGUAGAUGUGCAGUGUGGUAGGUUAAAACAUGUAACGCUUAAGUUCCUGUUAAUCACAACACAAAGAGUUAUGGAAUGUGUGCUGGGUUUUUAUAUCCAGCAGUAGAGCACUGCUGCCGGUGAAAUUGCUAAAGGUAACAUGGAAAUCAAGAGUAAAAUAAUUAAACGAUACAGCGUUCGUUAGAGGACACGAUCUAGGGAAAGUCUACAAAUCAUAUUGUGUUGGUUGGAAUGGUUUAGGUAGAAAGAUAUAGUUUUCUUGGAGACGGGCACGAGUUUUUGACUGAAUGCAGGUCAUUAGUUCUACUUUCCCCCAGGACACACAUCCUUCUUUAGUAAGUGGAAGGCUGUGCCGCGUGUUGGACGCUACGAGGGCACUGACUCUAGAACUUAAGCAGGGGAAGCUUUCCCACGAACUGAAUGCCAAUUAUGAGGGAAAAAUAGCUGUACUAAAUUCAAAUUUUACGCCUACAUAUACCUCGAUAUAUGACGACAGAUGUCUGUUAUUCUUCCAGACGUUUGUCUUAAAUGGCGGCGGUUACCAUUCUCCCAAAGAAAUGUCGGUCGCACAUUACCUGAUGAAUGGUGUUGCGCAAUGCAUCCAGAUCCAAAUUGCAACAGGUUUGUUCCCAUUUUCAUUCUUUUUACUUUCUUUUCUCCUCUGCUUCUUGUGCGUUUACUUUUCUUCUUAUUACGUUGAAAUGAGAGUUGCGUCCCCGCCAUGACUUGGGCGAGUCUUCCUCUGGGUGUGAUGUACCCUUCACGGCAAUGAUUAAAAAAAAAGAAAGAUUUAACUAUCUGAAGUACAUGAAAAACAGCAGACUUAAACAGUUGAAUAGCAUGGAAGACAAAACUUGAUCUGUGAUCAAAUUUUUGAACGGACGAAAACUUGCACGGCUCCGCCUUUCGUUUACACGGGACCCGUGGAACCGUGCAAGUGUUUGAAGUGACGGCAAAGUGUGCAUGUUUUUGUCCUGAUUAGAAGUAGGUUCAGUGUAAACGGGUUGUACAGGUUAAAAAAUUCCCGUUAAAAAGUUUGUGCGGACCCGUGUCAAUGGGGUCUAACUGCACACCUGCACACUCUGCUUACGUACCUUGAUAUCCGCUGCAUUUUGAAACACAGCAAAUACGUCAUCCUAAUGUGUAACAAAGAUUUUAGUGCUAAUAGUUUUUUGUACUGUUAUGUUUCAGCUGUUCGCGGCCCGAACAGAAAGUCGCCAUAUCUGUUGGCGUGUUGCAGAAACAAGUAAAGUCAGCAGAAGAAAAGGAGAGAGAAUUAGAGGAGAGUAUCCGCAAGAAUCAAGAAAAGAUUCGUCAAAUACAGGUAUUGGAUUGUUAUUUCUUGGAACACCGGUCCUGGACUGUGAACUUACCGUCAAAGACGUCAAUCGUUAAGUAUAUUCGCGGAGAUUUGAUGUUGCGAAAAUAGAAGAGACAAAUUUCACGAGAUUUGAAUCUCUUGAUUUGGCAAAAAAAUAUUGUUAGAAGAAAUAUAUUUCGCGAAAAUCUCCCUUGUGAGGAGAAAAAGGUUUUCUCGCCUAAAAAUAGUGGAAAAAACUUUUUUUUACAACAAUAUUUUCAGUGUCCUGUAUGUGUUUCUUUUUAACAGCGUCAAAGUACACCCCAAGCUGCAACGGAAAGUAAUAGAAUUCAACCACAGGCAAUUUCACACAAGAAGGUAUGUUACGACCAGCUCAAAAGGGAAAACAGAGAAAUCUAACAACAGUUCGUCAUCGACCAACUUGAAAUAAAGCUCUCUUUUAUUAACUCAAAGCUCGUUGCAGCUUUGCAUAUUUAGAGUUAGUAAGUAUUCGCCCUAUUUUUCUCUUUGUACGGUUUCCUUUGUUCCUUUUAGGGGAGUAUAUUACAUAACCCGUAAUUAUUAUUCACUGUCUGUAAAGUUGGUGGCGGCUUUAAUUGUAUCAGGGGAGUGCGGGGCUGAAACACUAGCUGAUAACAAUAACAAAACUAUUCAGUAUAUAUUUCCCCUGCUCAUAUUCCCCUCAACAUGUUUAACCAUCCCAGUAAAACAUCACAAGCCAGAAUUUUGAAUUUCGAUUUAAUGAACUUACCACAUUUUCUUCGUCGGCAGUUGUCAUUGCGCAAUGUUCUUCGAACUAGAAAUUCGCAAAACCGGCCCUAUCACUUUUAAACAAAUUUGACAGAACAUCUCCAACGUCUACCUGCGAACAUCCUGGUUUGCAAUGUGACUCGUUGGAUGACUGACACAAAAAUCUGUCGCGGUGGAAGGUCCAAAAGAGUUUCCAAAACUGCUCUUCCUUAACGUUAAGAAUACUUUUCCCUCUGAGUUACUCAUCUCUUUCUGGUGAAACUACUGUUUGAUAACUUCACAUGAAUUGACCAAUUUCUAUAUUUUGGAAAUUCAACCUCAAACAAUUCGCCCUCGGGGCGUUACCAGGGGAAUAUAUCACAUACCCCCAAGGGACCGGUAAGUAGCCCUUACAUUUGCUAACGAGUAAAGAAGUGGUCACGAAUAACGAAUAACGACAAUGACGCUUCUUAGGAUCGUUUGGAGGAUGAUAGUCCACAAACACGGCUCAGUACGACUGUUUUGUUCCACACCUGAGUGUUAUUUUUGUCGGUAAUGGUGUUUCAGAAGAGGUUAACUCACCUCUUGGUGUGGGUAACCUGUGACUCUUUGCUGAGGAAAAGAAUGUUGCCAACCAAUCAACUGCAAACAUGGAUUUUUCAAAUACCCUUGGGUGAAGCUUUGAAAUGAUACAUGUCUGCAAAAAUCCCCAAGCGGGGGGGGGGGGGGGUUGCUUGGAUGGUGUGGUGGUUUUUGUGAUUUGUUUGUGAAGAAAAAAAACAAUCUACCAAAAACAAAAGAGAUAUGUUUUAUUAUACAACUGGGGGGGUGGGGGGUGAGGAAGUAAGAUCGCUGCAGACGAGCGCGGGGGGGGGGGGGGGGGGGGGUUCACUUUCUGGCCCACGGACUAAAACGUACUAUUACAGAAUUGCUAAAGGCCCUGAUCUACCAGGUGCGUCACCUUCAUUCAGAAUAACCUUGAGAGCGUUGAGAGCUUUGCUGUUCCUCCAAACGAUCCUAAAACCUUUGUGGUGAUAAGUCGUACUACAAUAGUGCCCGCUAAUUCCAUUAAAAUAGUAAGAAUUCCCAAUAUGCGAGGAGAGACUUUGUUAACAGAAUAUACUUACCGUUUACUCAGGUGGAAAGGACAUCUUCAACUGAGAGUUCGAACUCCUGUAAGAGUGAUUCCUCCGAGGUAGGUCGACGACAUUACGUAAAGAAGCUGUUAGCAGGGCACGAGUUAAAUGUACCACUCAUACUUGUUCCUUCAUUACGUGCCAUGUUGGAAAUGGCAUCCCCCUUUUACUCAUGAAAUACUUUUGUAUUUCACAAACAGAAGCGACGGCCGCCAAGUAAAGCAGCCGUGGCGGAGAGUACAGAUGAACAGAGAAGAAAGAAGUCGGUACAGGAGGUCAGUCCAACAUCGGUAUCAUAUUAUUACUAAGAAGAAACUCGUGGAAUCCAACUGUCUUUCUUUUGCACCACAACUAUACUUACGGCUCAGGGGCCAGUUGAAUAAAACCUUACGUCAGACGUCUGGUGUUUUAAUAGAGUGUGACCGGCUCUUACGAGCGAAGCUGAGUUUUAUUCAACUAGACCUUAAACAAAGAGAUCAGAUCAGUUUGCAUUUAUUUCUAAGGCGUUUCUCAAUUCAUCCUUCAGUAACGUAACAGUGGAACCUAGAUAUAACGAACCUCUACAUAACGAAGUCCUCGGUAUAACGAACGAUUGUCUUUACUCUAGUAAUAGUAAAAUAUAUGGAAAAGAACCUCGUUAUAACAAACAAAAAUUUCCAGUCCCUUGACCCUUUUUUAAUAUAUCGAGGUUCCACUAGCCGCCGGAACUGCCUGCGAUACUACCCCAACAAAUGAGGACAAAGCACCGCCGGCAACAAGAAACAUCGCAGGUCUUUACCGCCGGCAUGCCUGCGAAGUUGAACUCGAGUCAACUUCGCAGGCAUACCGGCGGUAAAGUACUGACGUGAUCUCUGUUGCCGGCAACUUCUGUUCUCAUAUCGAAACGGUAUCGCAGGCAGUACCAGCAGCUAUGUCGCAGGUAGGUCAGCGGCAUAUGAGAACCAGGUUUAAGGAAAGUAUCGCCCGUCCUUUUCAUGUUCAGUACGGGUUCUUUAAGCCUUGUUUGAAUGAGAGAGGGGUUUUGGAAGCCGAACAUGUGUUAGGUCUCCCUUAAACAACCUGAGAGAAAGGUCUUCUUAGAUAAAAGUACGGUCUCCUUCAUUAAACAUGAAUCGAGAAAGGUCGUUGAAUAGAUAGAGGUCUUAAUAAUUUCCGACGGUCGCGAACCCUUAAAACAAACUUUCCUUUUGCCUUUAUCGUAGCCACUGAAAAGACGAAACGCAGAAUCAAGCCGCGUUGAAGAGGUAAGAAUAUUUCUUUUUCUUUCCUUCACCUGGUGGUUGUCAACAACUGUUUGAUUGUUUUAUAAUGUCACUUAUGUAAUUCAUUUUUCGUCUCUUAACAGGAAGUACAACCUAAAAGGAAAAAAAGUGAGGAGGCAAACACAAAGGUAGGGGCGCUGUUGUCCCAAAAGUUAGAUCGGUUUAAAGGGCUGUCGUUUAUACUGAAACGAACAGUUGACAACUUACUCGUGGCCCUUCAUAACGGAUUCAUCUGUGAUAGGUAACUUGAUACAACAUAGCAGCUACAAUCCAAUAAACCGCUCAAACAAGCAUUCGUUUAGGUAUGGGAAAUUAGCAGUAGCGUGCACUAUGUCUUGCAAAAACGGUUUCCGGGGCAAAACUCUCUACACAACCAGAACAAAUAAGGCUAACAGGGAGUGUGGAUAAUAAUCCUUGCAUGUAAGCAACGGAUAACAAUGUAUUCCGUUCAUUUACCCCAACUACUUCAGAAAAAGGUCAUGUGCAUGCAAUCGAUACCACACUUCACAAAAACACACACAACACUAACACCUGAUUGUAUAGGCUACACCUUUCACACUUAUCAUUUAAAAGGGAUUAUGCAGGAUUGUUUUUCACAUUGUGGAAACUACUUUUUAAUGCGAGCAGAGUGCAGACAGGAAGGAAAACCACGUUAAAAGAAAACAGGAAACGCCACAGAGGGAAGAAAGACAAGGAUCUCCGAGACAAGAGAAAAAGGAAACUACAAGGCAAGAGAGAAAAGAACCUGCAAAGCAAGAAAGAGAAACAAUAACGCAAGAGAAACAGCAAACAACAAAGCGAGAGGUUCCAAAGCGAGAAACUCCAAAACAACAAGAAUCAAGAACAGAAAUACCUGGACAACAAGAGCUGACAGAAAUGGAACAGAUACGACAAGAGCAGCUCAUGGAAUGGAGUAGCGAGGGCGAAAGUGAAGGAACAUUACGUAAGUAGAGUUUAGGUUUGCUCUUUGUGUCUUCUAUGUGCGAAAGAAGUAAGUAAGUAAAAGCUUUAUUAAUGUGUCAAUGUAUUUAGUUUUCACAACUAAUUAGGGACACAAAAAUAAAAAUUAUUUACAAAUAAGAAAUAAUAAUAAUAAUGUAUAUACAAUUAAAAUAUGUAGCAUGUAUAAAUUGUAUAAUAAAACAAUACGUAUAUAAAAGGUAGUCUCUAAGAACUGCAAAGGUUACAGCAGCUAUUGUUGUUGUUUAAGAGUGACGAUAGGUCUUUUUUCCUAAUGUUCUUUUUGAAAGACUCAAUAUUCGAGGAGCCUUUCAAUUUAAUAUCCAGUUUCGACCAUAUAUGAGGUCCUUGAUAUCUAAGAGAAUGCUUUCCAUAGUUAAUAGUGUUAAAAGUCGGAAUAUCAAAAUCACUGUUUCUUAGUGAAUAACUAGUGCUUUUCCGCUUAAAUAGUUCGUUAACAAUACUCGGUGCGAGGCCAUAUUUUACUUUGUACAUUAAUAUAGCGAUAUCUUGUAGUCUUCGAUUUAGUUGUGAAGGUAGCUCUGCACGAACCAGAAGGUUUUCGUAUGAUUCUGAAUGGGAGUUAAAUACUGCUCUAAGUGCGCGUUCUUGAAUCCGCUCUAUUUUUCUACUGUCAGAAGAUCUACAGUUAUGCCAUACGAGAUGGCAAUAUGUUAAGUGAGGCAGGAUUGAUGAUUUGUAGAUUAUCAGUUUUGCUGAUUAUCUGUUUUGCUGAUAACGUACUUAUCUUCAUUUUUUUGCGAUAGUAUCCAAUGGAACCAAAGUGGAAGCACGGGUAGAAGGUUCUGUGUGGUAAGUAUUUUGUUAUAUUAAGUAAAGUGUUUGGUGCAUUUUUGUAGUUCAUCACGUCAGAUCAAAAUGUAUCACGUCAAACUUUAAUAGUUUUUGUUGCGAUAUGUAGGUACAUUGGAACAGUGAUUAGUGCUAAGCCAAAGAAAGGUUGCUUGUGCAGGGUUCGUAUCAAGUUUGAUAUGUAUCCUAAGGACAAGUUUGACAAAUGGUAAGUUCAGACAACUAUUCAUCAAUUUCGCAUUUAAGUGAACUAUCCCCUGAAAAUUUGAACGUGAGAACAAUGGAAAAACCAAAAGCACAUCUUGGCAGAGUAUUCUGUGAUUUCAUACACCAUAUUUAAUACUGGUAGCUUCUACCGUAUAAUGGACUAGAACAAUCUACAAGAAAGUAUUUAUCACCAGCUCAAGCGUUGGAAGUUGAAACCAGUACAAAAUGUAUAAUGAAACUUAUUAGUAUUUAAAGUAUUUGUAGCAAAAAAAGGUGGCCCCAACAUAUUGUAUCACGCGGAAAUUAUCUCACGCCUUGCAACAUUUUCCGCCUAUUUCCUAGACGCGUUACCUCUACACAGAUCCUUAGGUGUAGUUAGGGGUCACUUCCUGGAUUUUAUUCAUGGUUCCAAUUAAACAGCCGAAAGGAUAUCCAGUAAUGGUUUGUGAUAGUCAUGUGUUAUCUAUAAUCCUUGUUUAUUGUCUUUCUCAUUUGUAGGUAUGAUCAUCCCAGCGCUGAUUUACGAGUUCUCAAGGUAGUGCAAGUCUCUAAACCAGUGAAAACUUUACUGUUGUGUGUAAAGUAUAAUGAACUAGAGUUUCGAAUAGUUUCAUUUUGCGUUAGUGCUUAACUGAGCAACAAAACUCCUUAAGUUUAAAACGAAAUAAAGUUGAAAUUAGGUACCCUGAUUGGAGUAAGCGGUGAAAAGUUGGAAACCAUUCACAAGAAACUAAUUGUCAUAAAUGACCCAGUUCACUGAAUUAGAAGACCACCAGUGAGGUUUGUGUUUUCUUGCACCGGGCCGGUCGAAAUGUCGCUUUCAAUAUCAAGGUGACUAUCGCGAAACAAAGAAAUGAUAAAAGAAGCUUAUAUUUCAAGCCACGAAAAUUGUUAUCUGUCAUUAUAGAAAGGUAUUUUUUCUUAUUCAGCCUGUGGAAAGACCAGCUCGCAAGUCACCAAGCCCCUCCCGUGAAGUCCCCAGUACCACUACGUUUGAAACGCCAAACGAACAACAGGAGCAGCGUGAACUUCACACGCCAACACCUGUGCAGUCCCCAGAGGACAACAGAGUCUCUUCCAUGUCAGAUGCUACGAACAUUACUGUAGCGGAAGAAAAUCCUGCGCUUCAAAAGUUUCCUGGAAUGUUUAGGUUUGACACACUGAUCCUGAUUAUUAUUAUUAUUUUUUCAUUGAUAUGAAGGUUUUUUCGAAAAAAAACAACAACAACAACAACAAAAACAUAUAGAGUUGGUGAUUGGACUCAAUAUUUAGUUCACGAGGAGCUUGGUUAUCGUUGGUUGGGUGGCUUUGUGGAUUAGUUUCGGAUUCUAAUUAUUUCGUGAUUUCUAUGCUUCUCCCGUCUUGUGUGGUACUAAUACGCAUUUCUCAUUUUUCUUGUAGACGGUGCAUGUUGUUCUUUGCUCCUCCAGAAUUCAAAAUAACAAAGGAAAACAUUAAGAAGAUGAGCAAUGAAGAACUGAGCGAAUUUCCACUGGUAUGAAGAAACAGCGUUCUGUGCUUUCGUUAAUUGUUGUUUCUAUUUUAGACCACUACAGUGGAACCUCGGUGUAACGAACCUCUGUAUAAUGAAGCCUCCUGUAUAGCGAAUGAAAUUGUUCGAUUAUUGAUAGUGAAAUAUAUACGCAACUGAAGAACCUCAAUAUAACGAAACCUGGUCAUAGCGAACAUGUUUUGCCAGUCCCUUGCCCCUUCGUUAUAUGGAAGUUCCAUUGUGCCUAGGAAUAUGCAAUUUGAUUACCUAAGAAUGGUAGUGUUUCAGCUUAGGCAACGAUAAUGCCUGCUGAAUAAAGAGUAGAAACGAAAGUCAGCAAAGUUCGAUGAAAUUUGAAUUCACUUCCUUGACACAAUGCAACGUUCUCUGACAUAUUACGAGCAAACUUCACGCUGUCAUGUCAUUGUCUACCUUUUAACAUGUUUAUAUCGUUUUGCAGGAAGAGUUCUGUGAUUGUUACGAAAAAGGUAUCGCCCAGGUAAGAAUACCGUCACUUCAGUAACCAAAUGUUCAAUAAUACCGUUUUUGUAGUGGUACCAAGGUUGUGUCAGGCGAGCGGAUGUUAUUUGCUGGGCAAUUAACAGAAUUGAAUUUAUGUAAAUGACUUAAAGGCCAUCAAAGUUUGAAAGCUACAUGUUUUUCAGGAGCUAAAAGAUUACAAUGUUCCGCCGAGUGAAAAUAAAUACCGCUUUUCACGGGUGAGAAAACCGAAUCAAUCCUAAUAUGGGGAAAGGAGUUUUAAUAAUGACUCUCGAGGCUUAGUACGGCUGCAACAGAUAAUUAGUCUUGCGUACAUAAUAUCUUUCUCCCUCGUCAACAAAAGUUGUGAAAUGACCUUGUCCCAACAAGGUAGUUAAAAGGUCCAGGUGGCUAACUUCAAGUUGUUUUCUUGUUUGAAGAUGAGCAAGUCUUGACAAUUUUGUCCCAAAUUAAAAACUUUGUCGAUUUUCAGUUGAUUCAAGGCUACAAAUCACAGAUGGAGGAAGCCGUUAAAAAUGCCGAAGCUGCUGAGGAACGAUUAAGGAAUGCGCUCAGAGAAAAAGAAAGAGCAACAACCCAAUUGUUGAGUCUUAGAAGGAAUGCAGCUAAACUAUUUCGUUCUGUUCAAGAGGUUUGUAUUUGUCCUUUUUUUUUGCACUAGUGUUAAAAUUUGGUUGUUUACCAUUUACGUGGGCAAACCGGUUAGUCCACUGUUUGGGCAAAUGGUACGCAAAAUUCAGGACUGGUAAAUUGCGUCCCGGAAUCGCGUUUACCAUUUGUACAAAUCAGUUCCAUUUACCAAAAAACGACCGCGAAGGCCUGAAACUGGUAACAUUUGUCUUUAAAGAAAUGGAACACGAAUUUCCUUUUGGAAUAUUCCGUCCAGAAAAACAGGACAACCUUUUCAGAAAUUCCGUUGCUCUCGGAAAGUUUCUACCGGAACGACCCAAAAGGUCAAGUACUUUUUAACCGGAUUUUCCGGAAUUUUUUUCUAAAAGGUAAACAACCUUUGUUACCAUUUAGAGUUGUUGGAUUGUUUAUUACCAUCUUUUUGUUUACUAUCCUCUUAGGAUCCAAGCGAGUUUAGAUUAAGCGAGGGCGACGUCUCGGACAGGGUGGACGAAAUGGUGGAACAAAUGGCUCAGGUGGCUCAGUUAUAGCUGGCUAGUGACGUUUCUUUUUAAAUCCAUUGGAUAACUUAUGUCCCAUUCGUCUUUUUAAUUUUUUCGAGCCUUUUUUUUUUUACCAGCGAACCGCAAAUAGUCUUCGACUCCACGGACACGACUUUUGUACAAUGGCAUCCAUGUCAAGUUCUUUUGUCAAAAAUGUAACAACACGCUGGGCGUGUAGUAAAUCAGCAUUUAGAUAAUGCUUUUCUACUUAUCAGAGCUAUUUAUAACUUGUAAUACAUUUACUGUAAAUUGCCUUUGUAUGCAAGGCGUUGUUGUUUUUCGUUAUCUUGUUUUUGUUCUGUUUGUUUCUUUUUUGUACAAAAAUAAUACGCCUAUCCAGAAGGUAAAAGCAAGGCUUACAAAUGGCUUUGAUGUUUGAGAUUAUUACUCAAAGGACCUCAAAGGAAAGGCCAUUUUUACGGACAGUAAAACGGUUCCCAAAUUCCAUGCAGUCACAUUCGUAACAGGGACAAGGUUGUGAUGUGGACACAUACAUUUCAAUGGCUUCAUGUACAAAAGAAGGAUAGGGUGUCAUAGUAAAUGAGGAAGUAACUGAACUUUAUACUAGUUAAGAGUUAAGGAAAAUUCAUGCGACAUCAAGUUGUUGUUAGAGAAUAUUUAUCUUAGUAAAGCAAGAGAGACGAUUUGAUGUGAGAUAACGAUUUUAUUUCCCUAAAAUUGUAAAAAUGUUCUUUCUUUGAAGAAAAUAUCCUUGAUUUAAAAGCUGGAUCUUCUUUAUCCUCUAUUUUUCAACUUACAAGGAAAAGUUAAUUCAUCUCGUGCAAUUGAGAUUGUGACGAAAUAAAAUAUUGCUAUUUCAUUAGAAUUUAAAUAUACGUAACAUAAGAUAAUAAUAGUUUCUCUCCAAAUACCUUUACCUAGUAAAAACAUACCAAACGAUCUUUACACUUGUUGUCUUCUUCUUGUUCCUUUAAUUCUACUGCGAGGCUGGAUUUGUAUCCAGUGAUUUCUGAUGAACAUCAACCAAUUGUUACUUUAGCAUGGUAGACACAGCAUUGCAUUCAACCGACGAAGUUGUAGUUACGGUAACUUAAGUAGC